GUGAGGUGAGCUUGGUUGCACGGUGCGGGAGGCUGAAACUCGAGCGGGUCCGGGCGGCUUCCUCUCCUUUUCCCCCCCACCCCCUCCCUUCUCCUCGCCCGGCCACAGCCGCGACAAUGUCCAUUCAGUACAGCAACGACGAGCCGCUGGCCGGCAGCUACGGGGUGGUGGACUCUUUCCCCAAAGACUUCGGCUAUGGGGUGGAGGAGUCCGACAUGGAAGGCAGCGAGUCGCAGUCGGACAGUAAACCCCGCAUCCUGCUGAUGGGCCUCAGGCGCAGCGGCAAGUCCUCCAUCCAGAAGGUGGUCUUUCAUAAGAUGUCCCCCAACGAGACCCUCUUCUUGGAGAGCACCAACAAGAUCUACAAGGACGACAUCUCCAACAGCUCCUUCGUCAACUUCCAGAUUUGGGAUUUUCCCGGCCAGGUGGACUUCUUCGACCCCACCUUCGACUAUGAGAUGAUCUUCAGGGGCACCGGGGCUCUGAUCUUCGUCAUUGACGCGCAGGAUGAUUAUAUGGAAGCUCUAGCAAGACUUCACUUGACAGUAUCCAGAGCAUACAAAGUCAAUCCUGAAAUCAAUUUUGAAGUAUUCAUUCACAAAGUAGAUGGUUUAUCCGAUGAUCACAAGAUAGAAACCCAAAGAGACAUUCACCAGCGAGCCAAUGAUGAUCUUGCAGAUGCUGGUUUAGAGAAACUCCACCUGAGCUUUUACUUGACCAGUAUCUAUGAUCAUUCGAUAUUUGAAGCAUUUAGUAAAGUUGUACAGAAGCUUAUCCCACAGCUGCCAACACUGGAAAAUCUACUUAACAUCUUUAUAUCGAAUUCUGGGAUUGAGAAGGCCUUUCUUUUUGAUGUAGUCAGUAAAAUUUAUAUUGCUACGGACAGUUCGCCUGUAGACAUGCAGUCAUAUGAGCUGUGCUGUGAUAUGAUAGAUGUGGUGAUUGAUGUCUCCUGCAUUUAUGGACUUAAAGAAGAUGGCACUGGAAGUGCUUAUGAUAAAGAGUCCAUGGCAAUUAUCAAACUCAACAACACAACAGUCCUGUACUUGAAGGAAGUGACGAGGUUUCUUGCUCUUGUAUGCAUCCUAAGAGAGGAAAGCUUUGAGAGAAAAGGGUUGAUAGACUACAAUUUCCAUUGUUUUCGGAAAGCCAUCCAUGAGGUAUUUGAGGUUGGAGUGAGUGCUCACAGACCCAGCAGCCACCAAGUGAACAUGCAGAACAUGAAGACAGUGACUCAUAAUGGCACACCCAGAGCUGCUGUGUAGCCCAGCCAUAGGAAUGACUGUGCCAACUUCUCGUGAUCCAGGUCUGCUGAUGCCACAGCAGACAAAACAAAACGCAAGCAGAGCACAACAGGACUUGCAUUAAAGAUUAGAGCGGUGCCCUUUUCUCUUGAUGAGAAGAACAUUGUGUCCUGAACUUUUGUGGAUUAACGCUAAGCGAUUCUGUAAGCUGUAUCUGUACACUGGGAGGUCUAGCUGUGUCAGUACAGUGGUGGCUUUGCAAAGUACCAAACCCACAAUCAUGCCAGAAUAAUAUUUUGUUGGUCCAGCCUUUUGAUCUGAUUUGUACUGUUGUACAAGUGGAUUAAGAUAACAUCACUUUCAUGACCUGAGUACUUCUACAAUUGUUAUGUUCUUACAAGUGUCAUCUGUGCAUCAUCCGCCCCUGCUUUCUGCCCAGCACCACAAUGUUUUUUUUACUUUGGUUUGUGGACCCAAGGUGAAAGUUGAGAUAAUUGUAGUAGUGUAUGCUGCUACUACAAAUAGUAAAAUAAGUACAGUCACCUGAUCUUUGUGUAAAGACCAAUUAUAGUUUUGAGGGAUUUUUGCAGGGCUUCGAGAGGGGAUACUGCCUGCAUAAAUAACUUUGCCUUGACAGUUCACGUGGCAUAACUUGCUGCUUACAAUGGUCCAGAAUCUCUGCACUAGAGUCAGAACUGAUGUCAUUCCUACAGUACAUUGCAGAUUACAGUUUUGUCCCCCUUUCAAGUUCAGUUGACCUAGAACACUUGAAAUAUUCCUUCACUGCAAAAGCUUAACGCCAUAAAAUGUGCAAAUGAAAUAAUAAUAAAUUUCUUUAAAAUAAAUAGAGGAUGGACUGAAGGGAAAUGAACGCCCUGAACUAGUUGUAUGGUUUGAUGUGGUAACUUUCAGCAUCCUACAGUUGCUUUGCAGAUGUUCUGAAUUCCUGCAAGAAGCUAUUGUCAUUAGCUUAUUUAAUUUGAUUGGUUCUGUUUACUAAUACUGCAGAACAUACAAAUACAUGCCAACAAUGAAGUGAAUUGAAUGCAAAGCCAUUGAUCUCUGCUGAAUAAUAUUUCAUUCAAAAUGCUAUCAAUAAUGACCACGAAUAACCACUUAGCUGCCAUCGUCGAUUAAUGAGACGAAGUGAAAAGAGUUUAAUAAAAGGCAACUGAGAAAAUGGUUAAUUGACCAAUCAAGUAAACGGGUGAGAGAGAGACAUAUUACAUGUGGGUGGUGGUAGACCAGUAUAUGUUUAAUUGAUUAUUCUCUAUGGCAGAGCCUUAUACAAAAAUAUUGCAUAUCCUAAUAGACAACAACUCCCCAAUGUUACCACUAUAUGUACUAUUUCACACUCCCCCGACCAUAGAUCAUAAAAUUGCCACUAUAUAUUUUAUUUGUAUGCAUUCAGUGUGAUUAGAAUUCAUACUAGCACACUUUGCAGGUGAUUUGAGUAUAUAUUGUUCAUUUGCUGCAGUAUUCACUUAAACAGCUCUUCCCCCACCUUCCAUAUUCCUGAUAACUUAAUACCUUCAUAUUUAUAGCUUAUUUCUUUCACAGAUCUGUUUUAAACUUGGGUUAUCAAUAAAUCUGUCUCUGGCUUCAGAUGUUUUGUCCUUUUCAUGGAAUUCUAACUCUUAAGAGCUAUUUGGUGACUUUAAAUGAAUAAGAUUUAUGUUAAAACUAACUUUGCUUAUCACCAUGCCCUAAUAAUUUAAUCACGUUUCCUAGCAGUCAAUAAAAAGUCAGCACUAAUCCAUGAAUGAUAUACAAACUUUGUAAAUGUUAGGCCUGUGUUUUGAUUUCCAGAACUUUGGAGGUGUAUGUCUGAAUCUUGCACUGGAGCAGAAUCUCCCAAGUUCGAUCAAUUUAUCUGGCAGAUUACGUUUUACAUAUUCUACUUAUAAAUACUUGAAGCACAAAGGACCAUAGCAGGUUAAUUUGCGAAAUAGCCCUUGAUUUGCUUUUCUUAAAAGAUGUAGAUCAUAAGCUUUUACUAUUCAAACUUGAAGACGAGAGAUUGCUUGUGCAUUCAACAAGCAUUUCAUUUUUGACAAGUUCUAAAGCAGGUGGGGGGGCAAUUUCCAUGUCAUUAUGACCAGAAGCUAGCAGUUAACAAACCGGCUUAAAUGUGGCUACAGUCCUAUACAUCUCACCAGCCCUGUGUCUUGAGUCUUCGAGCGAUCUCUAACUUUGAGGUUUGUCUUGUAACAUUUUUUAUUUGGAUGUGAUUCAUGAGAUAUUUUCCUGCAGAGGGGGGAUUAUUGCAAGGUGUGACCAACCUUAAGGGGGCACUCCUGAUGUGCAGUUAUUGACUACUGUUUGCAGAGGCUUUGUGGUUUGCCAAUAAAUUACUUGCUUUUCUAGUUAUACAAUGGCAGACAAUGUGUGAUCCUGGAGGUGGGAAGAAUUUUUUAAGAAGUGUUUAGACAUUGGCUUCCUGUGAAAUCAGAGCCUGCUUGGCUACUGUCAGCUCCUUUAGAAAUGCCUUUUCUUUAAAUCCCUUUAAGUGGCUUGUUAUUGCAAAGGUGCUGUAAUGGAUGUUAACACUCCCCCCACCCCCUUCAAAUUAAUUGUGCAAUGAGAGUAUAAAUACACAGCCUACUGAAUCCUUGUAUUAUCUACAAAAAAAAUGCACGUUCUGAUGUCAGAAUGUGUGCUGGAAUAAACCGAUAAUUUUUCAUCUC